GAAUGGAAGGCGUGGAAGGCCUUUCCUCAAGUAGCAUAAUGGCAGAAACUGCUUCUCCACUGAAGCACUUUGUGCUGGCUAAAAAGGCAAUUACUGCAAUCUUUGACCAGUUACUGGAGUUCGUUACUGAAGGAUCACAUUUUGUUGAAGCAACAUACAGGAAUCCAGAACUUGAUCGAAUAGCCACUGAGGGUGAUCUGGUAGAAAUACAGGGAUAUAAAAGCAAGCUUUCUGUCAUUGGUGAGGUGUUAUCUCGGAGACACAUGAAGGUGGCAUUUUUUGGCAGGACAAGCAGUGGGAAGAGCUCUGUUAUCAAUGCAAUGUUGUGGGAUAAAGUUCUCCCUAGUGGGAUUGGCCAUACAACUAAUUGCUUCCUAAGUGUUGAAGGAACUGAUGGAGAUAAAGCCUAUCUUAUGACAGAAGGAUCAGAUGAAAAAAAGAGUGUGAAGACUGUUAAUCAACUGGCCCAUGCCCUUCAUAUGGACAAAGACUUGAAAGCUGGCUGUCUUGUACAUGUGUUUUGGCCAAAGGCAAAAUGUGCCCUCUUGAGAGAUGACCUGGUUUUAGUAGACAGUCCAGGCACAGAUGUCACUACAGAGCUGGAUAGCUGGAUUGAUAAGUUUUGCUUAGAUGCUGAUGUCUUCGUUUUGGUUGCAAACUCUGAAUCAACACUAAUGAACACGGAAAAACAUUUUUUUCACAAGGUAAAUGAGCGACUUUCCAAGCCCAAUAUUUUCAUUCUGAAUAAUCGUUGGGAUGCCUCUGCAUCGGAGCCUGAAUAUAUGGAAGAUGUACGCAGACAGCACAUGGAAAGGUGCUUACAUUUCUUGGUGGAGGAGCUUAAAGUUGUUGAUUCUUUAGAAGCACGAAAUCGUAUCUUCUUCGUUUCGGCAAAGGAAGUUCUUAGUGCCAGAAAACACAAAGCACAGGGGAUGCCAGAAGGUGGUGGGGCACUUGCUGAAGGAUUUCAGGCAAGAUUACAGGAGUUUCAGAAUUUUGAACAAAUCUUUGAGGUAGGAAUUUUGUCAGUGUGUUGGCCAAUAACAAAACUCUUGCUGGUAAUGAUGGAGAGUGAUGACUAUAAUAGAGUUUAUUCAAUGGAAGAGAGGGAAGACCAAAUUGAUAGACUGGACUUUAUCCGAAACCAGAUGAACCUUUUAACACUGGAUGUUAAGAAAAAAAUCAAGGAGGUUACCGAGGACGUGGCAAACAAGGUCUCAUGUGCCAUGACAGAUGAAAUUUGUCGACUGUCUGUUUUGGUUGAUGAAUUUUGUUCUGAGUUUCAUCCUACUCCAAGUGUGUUGAAAGUAUAUAAAAGUGAGUUAAAUAAGCACAUAGAAGAUGGUAUGGGAAGAAAUUUGGCUGAUCGGUGUACCAGUGAAGUCAAUGCAUCAAUGCUUCAAUCUCAGCAAGAAAUUAUUGAAAACUUGAAGCCCUUACUUCCAGCUGGUAUACAGAAUAAACUACAUACACUGAUCCCUUGCAAGAAAUUUGAUCUCAGUUACGACCUAAAUUGCCACAAGUUAUGUUCAGAUUUUCAAGAGGAUAUUGUAUUUCGUUUUUCCCUGGGCUGGUCUUCCCUUGUGCAUCGAUUCUUGGGCCCUACAAAUGCUCAAAGGGUGCUCCUAGGAUUAUCAGAGCCUAUCUUUCAGCUCCCUAGAUCUUUAGCUUCUACUCCCACUGCUCCUACCAAUCCAGCAACGCCAGAUAAUGCAUCGCAGGAAGAAAUCAUGGUUACCUUAAUAACAGGAUUAGCUUCUCUUACAUCUAGAACUUCUAUGGGCAUCAUUGUUGUUGGAGGAGUGAUUUGGAAAACUAUAGGCUGGAAACUCAUAUCUGUUUCAUUAAGCAUGUAUGGGGCUUUGUAUCUUUAUGAACGGCUGACCUGGACCACCCGUGCCAAGGAGAGAGCCUUCAAACAGCAGUUUGUGAACUAUGCAACUGAAAAACUGCAGAUGAUUGUUAGCUUCACGAGUGCAAACUGUAGCCACCAAGUGCAACAAGAAAUGGCUACCACUUUUGCUCGCCUGUGCCAACAAGUUGAUAUUACUCAAAGACAUCUGGAAGAAGAAAUUGCUAGAUUAUCCAAAGAAAUAGAUCAGUUGGAGAAAAUACAAAACAAUUCAAAGCUCUUAAGGUAA